UCGGCCCUCAUAGGCGGGACGAGGAGCGGCGUGGUGUGGGCACAACAAGCCCGGCGCAGCGGUCACUCGCUCAUCUGCGCCUCGGGCUCGGCUCCCCCGCCCUCCACAAUCCACCACACCGGCACCGCACCUGAAGCCGAGACGACCUGGCCGGCCAGCGACGACGAGCUGCGACCGAGAGAAAGAAGGAGGCUCGCCCUCGACCGUCGCACUAGCGUGACCGAGGGACGCCUCUCUUUUCCCGGACUCACAUCCAACACUUAAGCCGGUGUGCACGAACACUCCCGACCCGGGCACCAUGGCGGAGAGAAGUGGCCGGCUGAGCUUCCCUGGCAGCGGGGCUCUCAACAGACCGGUGCCGAUGAAUCUGUUCGCAACGUGGGAGAUCGACGGCUCGUCACCGAACUGCGUCCCGAGGCUUUGCAGUCUGACUCUGAAAAAGCUGGUGGUGCUCAGAGAACUCGACAAGGAGCUCAUCUCUGUGGUCAUUGCCGUCAAAAUUCAAGGCUCCAAGCGCAUCCUGAGGUCCCACGAGAUCAUGCUGCCGCCCAGUGGGUCUGUGGAGACAGACCUGGCCCUCACCUUCUCACUGCAGUACCCUCACUUCCUGAAGCGUGAGGGGAACAAGCUUCAGAUCCUGCUGCAGAGACGCAAGCGCUACAAGAACCGAACCAUCCUAGGAUACAAGACGCUGGCUGCGGGCUCCAUCGACAUGGCAGAGGUGAUGCAGCACCCGACGGAGGGAGGCCAAGUGCUGCCUCUGUGCAGCCAUCAGAAGGACCUGCUGGGGAAGGUUGCAGAGAUCUGGAUCUUCUCGCUCUCCAGCCAGCCCAUUGACCACGAGGACGGCAGCCUGCAGGCCGGACACAAGAUCAAAUGCUCGGAUAACUACUCGGAGGAGGAGUACGAGAGCUUCUCCUCAGAGCAGGAGGCCAGCGACGAUGCAGCACAGGCUCAGGAUCUGGAAGAUGAUGAGUACGACGUGCGAAAGCCAAAGAAGCAGAGAAGGUCCAUUGUCAGGACGGGGUCCAUCACAAGACAGCAAAACUUUAAGCAGAGAGUGGUGGCUCUCCUCAAGAGGUUCAGAGUGUCCGACGAGGUUCUGGACUCGGAGCAGGAUCCAGCCGAGGUUCCUCCUGAGGUGGAGGAGGAAGAUCUGGACCUGGAUAGCGUGGAGUUCGACAAUCCCAGUGACAGCGGACCCGAGCUGGACGACGAUGACAGUGUCCUCAGCACACCUAAACCCAAACUCAAGCCGUAUUUCGAGGGUAUUUCCCUUUCCAGCUCGCAGACGGAAAUUGGAAGCAUCCACAGCAGCCGCAGCCACCGCGAGCCGCCCAGCCCGAUCGAGCCUGAUAAAAACGAGUGUGUUGGCGAGGACAGUGUGUCUGACAACAUUCCUUAUGAGCAUCCGGAGGCGGUGACGCCGACCACGGAGCUGGAGAUGGACAACAUGGACACGUUCUUGGACAGACUACCCCCGAGUGGCAAGAUGACCAAGACGGAGUCACUCAUCAUUUCGUCCAACAGGAGCUGCGUGCGGAUAUUUGACGUUUCCAGGCAGGAGCCCAAGUUGGCGGGCAGGCGAGGUCGCAGCACGUCGCUGAAGGAGCGCCAGCCCAGCAGGCCUCAGAACGAGAGAGCCAACAGUUUAGACAACGAGCGGGCGCUGGACACUCGCAGCCACCUGCAAAUCCCAAGGAAGACAGUGUACGAUCAGCUCAACCACAUCCUGGUGUCUGACAACCAGCUUCCCGACAGCAUCAUCCUCAUCAACACGUCCGACUGGCAGGGGCAGUACCUGUCAGACGUGCUCCAGAACCACCACCUGCCCGUGGUGUGCACAUGCACCACGGCGGACAUCCAGGCGGCGUUCAACACCAUCGUGUCCCGCAUACAGAGAUUCUGCAACUGCAACUCGCAGACGCCCGUCCCCAUCAAGAUUGCGGUGGCCGGUGCGCAGCACUACCUCAGCGCCGUGCUCCGCCUCUUUGUGGACCACCUUACCCACAAGACGCCCGACUGGCUGGGAUACAUGCGCUUCCUCAUCAUCCCGCUGGGUGCACACCCUGUGUCCAAGUAUCUCGGCACCAUGGACUACAGAUACAACGCUUUGUUCCAGGACGCCGCCUGGAAGGACCUCUUUCACAAGCCCGAGGCGCCUGUAGUCGGUAAGGGGGUCUCCAUCGGAACGUUUCGAUUCCUAAAAGACGACAUCGGAUUGUUUCAGGAGGGUCCGGACGUGGUGUCCAGGGUGACGCAGUACAUGCUGGGGGCAAACGGAGCGCACCAGCUUCCCAUCGCCGAGGCCAUGCUCACGUAUAAACAAAAGAGGAAAAAGAGCUUUCAUUUUGAUUUUGCCAUCAGCCUGUCAGUUUCUUCCCUGGGGGGGCGAUGGCAGGUGUCCUCAAGCCCCGAUGAGGACUCGUGUCAGAAGUUCAUCCCGUUCGUUGGCAUGGUUAAAGUGGGAAUAGUGGAGCAAACGUCAGCAACUGCAGGCGACUCGGACGACGCGGCGCCCGCCAGCUCCUCGCUUCUGCUCGCCACGCCGCCUCAAGUGUCGCCGGCGCUCAAAGAGGCGUCGCCCACGCCGCCCUCCUCGCCGUCCGUCAACACGAGUUUCUGCAUGUACAGUUCUGGGGGUCAGGCAGAGCUGAUGGGCCUUCAGGUGGACUACUGGGUGGCCGACAGGAAGAAGGACGUGGAGAAACGUGACUCCUCCUCGUCCUCCGCCGCCAAAAAUACGCUCAAGUGCAAUUUCCGCUCCCUGCAGGUCAGCCGGCUGCCUGCCGGGGGCGCCGAGCCCGGUACCCUGCCCACCAUGUCCAUGACAGUGGUGACCAAGGAGAAGAACAAGAAGGUGAUGUUCUUGGCAAAGAAGAGCAAAGACAAGGAGGUGGAGUCCAAGAGUCAGGUGAUCGAGGGCAUCAAUCGCCUCAUCUGCACUGCCAAGCACCAGCACACCAUGUUGACAGUGUCGAUCGACGGCGUGGAGUGGAACGACGUCAAGUUUUUCCAGCUGGCGGCGCAGUGGUCGUCGCACGUCAAACAUCUCCCCAUCGCCAUCUUCGGCCACGCCAAAGGCCCCUCCUACUAAGAACCUUCACCCUCCUCUCCCUCCCCCUCGUGCCAACCCUUUUAACCGACUUUAUUUAUGUCAUCUCUGUCGUAUUGUUAUGUUACAACCUUCCUCUCUGCUUUGUUAUUGUUCUUUUUAGACACUUACUACUUAGGCUAAAUGCUAAUCUCGUGUCCAAAGUGGAUGCUGUCGUACUAAAAGCACACACCGCACACAAAAAGGGGAUAUGAAUGAUAUAUAUUUUAAAAAAAGACGUUUUGAAAAGGAGAUUUUGAAUGUAUUUUUAAGCCGGGAAAUGUUGGAUGACACGUGCAAUAGUAGAGAUCAUAAGAAGGGGACAUAUUAUAAAAAACUGACUUUUUAAUGGCUUGUAUACAAAUAGUUGGGAAUUGGGUCUGUGGAGUGACUGCCCACCCAUAAAAUGUGAAAUUAAACAACCAACAAAAUCUUA